AUGCCUCACCCCCUCACUGACACUCGAAAUGGUUCCAGCGAUUACCACAUUACUUCCGUGCAAUACGGGAAAUAUGUUCGUGAUGUCCAGGCCAACGGCGUCCUUCCUCCCUAUCCAAUUGCCAUUCUUCUGUCUGGGGAUGAUGUCAACCCUCCAAAAGUUGUUCUCAUCCCUCAUACCAUGCAUGAGUUGACCAACCUUAAAGCCGACGGGGACGACACCUACACCAUGAAGGUCAAUGAGAACACUGUCCAGGAACUAGAUGACCGCGUCUUUUCCUUCGAAGACGGAUGUACUGAGGAGUGGGUUAUCAUUUUCAGGGAAAGCGAGAGAGCAUAUACCAUCGAGAGGAAGGCUGAUAGUCCCAAAGCAUGGACUACUCCCUUGCUGCCCAUACAGAAGGUGGAUCAUUAUCUGCAGAUUUUCCUUCAGCCCCUCCACGGAGACCCUCCUCAUUCCCCUGACCAGCUAUUCAAAUUUGAUCUUGUAGAAGCAUGA